AGUGUGCCAUGGUGUGGUGAAGGGAUCCAAGAGCAGCGGAAGGAGGAGGAGGAGGAGGCAGAGGAAGCAGGAGGAGAAGGGCAAGGAGCGACGUGAGCUGCUGCAAGACUACUAGCCACCUCAACAUGAGUUCGAUGUCUGCAAGGAAGACCCCGCUCCUGGCCAUGGUGGUCUGCUUCUAUAUGACUGUCUCCGUCGGAACCACUCUCAUGAACAAGAUGUCUUUCAGCGGGCGCAAGUUCCCUUUCCCGUUCUUCGUCACGUGCUUCCAGAUGGCUGUUGCUCUCUUCUGGCUCUACGUCUUAAGUUUGCUCCAGCGCCACGGACCCAAGUCAUUGAACGUCUUGCUGAACCUCGACGACAUCCCAAAGUUGGAAUGGCGGAUCAAGAACUUCCUGUCGGCUGCAGGAGUGGCCGCGGCUUUCACAGCGAUGCUAUCAAGCGGAAACCUUUGCCUUAUGUUUGUUCAGGUGUCUUUCUACCAGGCUGCCAAGUCACAACAUAUCCUUUGUAUCUUGGUGCUCUCCUACUUUCUGAGGAACGAAAUGCAACCUUGGCCUGUUGUUGUGUCUUGUGUCGGAGUGACUCUGGGGUUUAUCAUCAACGCCAUUGCUGAGGCUGAUAUCGUGAUCACCAAAUUAGGGGAGGACCUUAGUACUCUGAUCUAUGGUUGUGUUGCUGGUUUUGUGAGCAGCUUCUUUGUUGCCUUAUAUCCCAUGUUGCUUCACUCGAGCAUCCUCAAGGGCAAGAACAACUGGCAAAUCAGCAUCAACGUCAAUGCCAUGUCCCUCGUGUGGUACACUCCUCUGAUCAUCUAUGAGAUCUGGGUUGGCGGCUUGUUGAGUUCCCCCUUCCUCCUCGAUGUUGAGUUUUGGACGUUCAACUUUGCAACGGCUUCCGUUGGUUUUGUCCUCAACGUAGCGGCCAUGCUCCAGGCACCUCUGAAAUUGACUUGA